AUGGUGACCAAAAGGAAGGGUCGCUAUGUUGCGACCGGCGUGACAGCCAAAGGGAAGACCAGGACGGAGAAGGCGAACUUGGCCAACAUGCUGCGCGCGAAGGAGGCAGCUCUCGCUGUCCGCGAAGCAACCGUCGCUGCUCGCGAGGCCGCGGUGGCGGAGGCAGAGAAGGCGGCCAAGGAGAAGCAGCAGCAGCAAGGACCCGAAGCGGACACCGGUGCGCCCCAGCAAGAGGCGCGCGAGCAACAAGCUGCCCAGCAGCGUGACGACUUGGCCCCCAGGACAGGCUCCCUUCUGGACACUUCGCAGUCUCGCAGUAUACUCCUCACGUAUUUCGAGCUGGUGCAGUCAGGCGUCGAGCCGAACAAGGCUGUUCAACGGACCGCCUCAACUCUUCGCGUGGGCAAGGACAAGGUGUUCAAGGUUCGCGCUCAUUGGUGGGAGAAGACCGAGUUGUUGACAUCAUCAGCGGAAGGGAGAGGUGUGUCGAGCGGGAAGGACGGGCGGAAGCUUCUUGACGACGUGCAGUGCGCCAACCUUCGUGCUUUCAUCAGCGACAAACACGAGAACGGGCAGCAAGUGUUCCGACGCACGGUGCGCGAGUGGAUCAAGGAGACAUGCAACAAGGACCUUUCUAACCGAGCGGUAGGCGGGCUUUUGUACAGGAUUGGGUACAGACGCCGUCGAGGAAGGAUCAAAAUCCCGCCCCUCAACGACGAUAGAAAGGCGCGCAUUCGUCGCUUCCUUGUCGAGAUGUCUGCUGCUCUCACUCAAGAAGAGAAAGAGGAGGCGGUCAUUGUGUACAUGGAUGAGAGCUUUUGUCAUCAGUUGCACGGGUCUGCUUACUCUUACUUUCUCACCGAUGACGAUGGAGUAGUGCAGGAUGGGAUGGGACGUACGUCUGGGAAGGGCUUGCGGAUGAUCAUGGUGCAUGCAAUAACCAAGGGGGGGGCGUUGGCAGCAGUGGAUGAAAACAACUUCCCAAUCCCUGAAGGUUGGUUCAAGCCCAAGGACAAGGGCAAGGGCAGGCAGGGGGCGGGGUCGAUGGGUACGGAAGAGACCGCAGAGAUGCUGUGGCAGGCUAAACGUGCCACGGGGGAUUACCACGAUGCAAUGACAGACAAGAUGUUCAUGGAAUGGCUUGAACGGCGCCUGGCACCGGCCUUUAAGGCCAAGUAUGGCAACAAGAAGAUGAUUCUUGUUCUCGAUAACGCAUCGUACCACCACGGGUAUGACGCAGAGGUGGGGGUUCCUGAAAGCAACAGUAAGGGGUACAACACUGCGCUUUUGCGCAAGUACAAGUGCAGGAAGAUUACCGUGGAGCGAGAGGUGACCAGUAGCGCAGGUGUACGGAGCAAGAAGUAUACCUUCCAGGUACCAGCCACUGGCACGUUUCCCCAGGCGAAUUCGAAGUGCGGUAAGGGUGUUAGCGGCCCCGAGGUAGCGCUGGCAACGCGAGCGUUCUUUCAGCUCAAGCAUCCCACGAAGCUCAUGGAGAAAGUGGAGACGUUCAUGAACGGGCGUGGUUGGCAGCUGAUUUGGACCCCCCCGUACAUGCCGAGUUUCCAGCCGAUCGAACUGUUUUGGCAGCACGGCAAGCAGUAUGUGAGCUUUAACUUUAAGACGAAACGCACGAUGGCAGAGGUUUGGGCGCAGGUUCGGAAAGGGUGGUACGGAGAUCCCACGUGGGAAGGGCAGAAGGGGGGUUGGAAACCGGCGGACUGUAGCAAGCUCGUUGCACACGCCGUUAAGGAGAUGAACAAGUGGGUUGCGAGUGACCCUGUUCUCAGAGGUCAGAUGGGCGCUCUUGAAGAGAUCCCCGAGUCGUACGAAGAUGAUGCUCCUGGGCACAACGACAUCGUACACGAUGAUGGCGUCGAGGCCCAGGAGCAGCUUGAGUUGUCUGCCGAAUUCAUGGAGUGUAUGGGUGACGAGGAUGCCGACGGUGAUGCAGAGGUGUAG